AUGGAUAUUGAUCCUAUAUCUACCGAGAUGCAUAUUUUUAGCGACGCUUCUCAAACCGCGUACGGCGCGUGCGUUUAUAUAAGGACCGUAAGCGCUAAUACGGUCAAAGUGCAAUUGCUCUGUUCUAAAGGGAAGGUUGCACCGCUAAAAACCGUCAGCAUCCCACGGUUAGAGCUUCUCGGUGCUCUAGUGGGCGCUCGCCUUUAUAACAAGGUUCGCGAUUCACUUCACUGCAACUUCGAUCACGUAAUAUUUUGGACGGACUCGACAAUUGUCUUAGGUUGGCUGCGCAUGCCGCCACGAUUGUUAAAAACGUUCGUUCAAAAUAGGACGAUAGAAAUUCACGAUUUGACGAAGGAUCUCCCGUGGCGUCAUGUAAGCGGGAAGGAGAACCCAGCUGAUCUCGUUUCGCGUGGGGUUGUGAAUCUCGAGGAGCUCUCUUCGUCUAAUUUGUGGUGGGAAGGGCCAGCCUUCCUUCGUGACAGUGAAUUUGACUGUGAAAACGUACCUCCCUUUUACACGCACGAAGAUCAGUCAAAUGACUUACCUGAAAUAAAGGGUAGUGACGUCACCGCGUUAGUAGCCCAGGAUAGGUCGAGCUCUGAAGAUGGAUCCAUUAUCGAUUUCCAACGAUUCUCUCAGUUCAGCCGGCUGAGACGCUCAACUGCUUAUGUUUUACGGUUUUUACAUAAUACGCGCAAUAAACUUAAUAAGCGGUCGGGCGUUCUUACCGUCGAUGAACUGAGAGAAGCCGACAACUUGUUGGUUAGGCUGUCUCAACUGGAAUCUUUUCCAAUUGAGUACAAGUCAAUAGCCAACAAUCGCGCGCUAAAAAAUAAACAUAAUUUAAGUAAAUUAAAUCUGUUUAUUGAUGACAAUAAACUGUUGCGAGUUGGCGGCAGGUUGGACUAUUCAGAGUUCGACUAUAAUAAAAAACACCCAAUUUUACUGUCAGGCAAACAUCAUUUCACGCUUCUUCUUUUGCGCCACGAACACAAAUCCUUGCUACACGCAGCUCCGCAGGCGCUUCUUUUUCACCUUCGUGAAUCUUGGUGGCCAAUCGCAGGCAGAAAUCUCGCUAGAAAGGUAGUUCAUGACUGCGUGGUGUGUAAGCGCCUGUGA